GCGAAGUCGCGGGUGAAAUGUGUAGGAGGGGCUGAGCAAAGUGAGGCGGUCACGUGGGAUCUAACCAACCUGAGAAUCUGGAAGGCUCAGACCCUUUGGGAUCGCCGUUUUGCAUUGACUUUGCUGAAGCUACCAAAAUAAACUAUAGGGCUUUAAAACAAGCAAAAUGUAUUGAAUAAAACACCAAAAGGAAACUUUCAGGAUCUGCUAAUAUCUCAGUCUGGCCUCAGCUUGGAAAUGUCACUGGCACGGCUUGGAAAAGUGGUUCCCAAAACGAGCAUCUUGUUCCUGUGUGACAUGCAAGAGAAAUUCCGCCCCAACAUCAGCUACUUCCCCCAGAUUGUGUCUGUGGCAGCUCGGAUGUUGAAGGUUGCCAAGGCUCUGGAAAUCCACACAGUGGUGACUGAGCAAUACCCCAAGGGUCUGGGUCCAACAGUACCAGAGCUGGGGGCGGAGGAAUUCCCCAAAUACACCAAAACAUGCUUCAGCAUGCUUAUUCCAGAGGUGGAAAAGGAGAUGGAAUCUGUUCCCAACUUGAAAUCCGUGCUUCUGUGUGGGAUCGAGACACAGGCUUGCAUCAUGAGCACUGCCUUGGAUGUCAUGGAGCGAGGCCUGGACGUUCACAUCGUGGUGGAUGCUUGCUCUUCUCGCAGCCAGGUGGACAGGAUCGUAGCUCUGUCCAGAUUGCGUCAGAGCGGGGCUUUCCUUACCACCAGUGAGGGACUUAUCCUGCAGCUUGUCUGGGAUGCGGCCCACCCCCGUUUCCGAGAGAUCCAGAAGUUGAUUACGGAUCCUGCCCCUGACAGUGGCCUCCUGCCUCUCCUGAAAGAGCCAGGUCCCCUUUUCAGUUAGCCCAUCUGCUCUGAGGAUGAUAAUCCUCUUUGAAAACAACUUCAGCCAUUUUCAUCUGAUGUCCCUGUCCUUCUGGAUGGGAAGGAACAGAAUCAAGAUUCUUCAAGUUAACAUUAAAGAGGAAGAUGAUGAACCUAGCUGAGGAGCUGCAUCAGACCAGUGGUCUUUCUGUAGUUAUUCAGUGAGAUGGUUGAAAGAAGACACUGGUAAUACUUUGACCUGGUCUUUUUCCAUUAAGAAACAUCAGUUCUGCCUCCUCAACUUUUGUCUUCCCACAAGUAUCAUACAUCUUGGCAAUGUAUACAAAUAUGUAUUUAAUUUGCACGUUU